UUUGCAGGAGGCUGCCGUCCUGCCGCCCGACUGAACCGCUCCCAACUUCGCGUCGUUUUUUUCUUCUCUUCUUAUUAUUCUCCCGCUGCCUCCACAACAACGCACCUCCGGUCGCGAUGACGUCCUGUGAACGGACCUUAACGCCCGGACGGGCCUUUAAAUCGGCCUAAGUGCAUUUCGGGCCGUUUUUUUACCUAUUCCUACCUUGGCCGAGGCAGGUGUGUGCGAGGUUUGUUGAUUACGGGUACCUAUUUCGAGUUGUUGUGGUGUCGUUGUUGUUGUUGUUUAUUUCGGUAUUAUUGUGCGAUGUGGAUGAGGACGUGAAUACGAGGCCUUAGAGGCUGUGUUUUUAUUAAGCAGGAUGUCAGUCCGCUUCAGUGGCGUGUUCGUCGUGCCCGGAGACCAGAAACCAGUGGCGUCCCCGAACGCGACCAGCGGCGGCGUUACGAUGCACGACAAGACCCAGCAAACGAUGAAAACGAAGAACGUGGCCAUCGUGGCACCCACCAGGAGCAACAGCCUGGACUACCUCAAUUUCGAGGAGAAGAGACAGCUCAUCGCCUCAAGUUUGAGUCUGAGCGAUUUUCUAAGCGCGGGCAAGGAGGCCAAAGAGAUCAGGGAGAUCAAGGAGGCGGGAGUGACGGCUGUCAUUGUUGAGGGUCACGAGUCCGGCAGAAAGUCGAAAUGCCGGAAACUGCGCAAUAAAAAAGCGAAAAAACAAAAUGGCUCCGCUUUCAGGACGAACAGUCUGGGUAGCGGUGUCAGGACUCCCCCCUCCGAGAGGAAAAGCAAGUUCUCCUUGGGGAAACUGCUCAGGCCGUGGAAAUGGAAGCGGAAACGAAAAUCGGAGAGGAUCGAAGCCGUUUCUCGAACGUUAGAACGAAAGAUCUCUGUUCGAGCCAAUCGAGAUGAGUUAGUCCAGAAAGGUAUCCUUUUACCCGAUAGUCCUCCGCCAAAAUCCGACACAGGUGAUUCACUUCCAUCCAGUUUCUUCAGUUCCCCGUCCGCCGCCACUGGGGGCGACCUCGCCCUCGCCUCCCAGCAGCAGUCCACCUUCAGUCCUGCCAGUCUGCCGCCUACGGUCGCCCCUCAGCAGGCCGCCCCUCAGCACCCUGGCCUGCCGCCUCCUUAUCCCAAUCCGCCCCAGGGACAGUCGCCCUUGCCUGCCCUUAACCACCAUCACGCGCUGUUGCAGCAACAGCUGUUCCAGAACCCGCACUUUGCCGCGGCGAGGGACAGUAGUGCCAACGGAACGACCAGUGAGCCCAAAAAAGAUAAGACUGAUGGAAGCAAUGCUCAGAACGGCUCAAUGUCCCCCAACGGCGAGACUGGCCUCCACCUUUCUCAACCCUCGAACCAGGGGGGAGGGGGAGACGACGGCAGCAGGAAACCCGCUGAGAGGCCCAGCUCGCUGGGUCACAGUAAACUCACCAGGAGGUUGUUGUGCUACCACAGUGAACACUUCACCGACGGCCAGCAGAUCGGUCCCCCCGGCUCGACGCCUCCCGCUCAAGAGAAGCAAUCGCACCACCACCAGCUGGCCGCCCACCAGCAGCUGCCCUCGAACGUGCCGCCGCUGCCCCAGUUCGUGCUGUCCGAGCUGCCCGAGCCGCCCAUUCCGGUGUCGGAGAUCGGACCCAUACCGCCGCCGCCCAUGUUCAGCAGCCCCAGUCCGCAGCCGCGCAGGCCGCCGCCUCAAGGCAGUCCGCUACCCAACCCUGCCGACUACGACUACGAAGAGAACGAGGAAGAUGACGAGUAUGAGAUAGAGUGCGACGACGAGAACUCCUACAUGUACCGGAUGCCUCAGCCAGACCCUGCCAUCGACACCAGCAGGAUAGACGAGAUUCCGGCCAAGGAGCCUCGUUUUAACGCCAUGCCGCUCAAGUCGGCGCUCAAGAAGAAGAACAGCGGAGGGUCUACGCCUCAGGGUACACCCACCCAGGAGAACAGGCCGCUGGGCAUGAGGCAACAAGAGCACAACUCCAGCUUCAAAAGGCCACUGUCAAGGCCUAGGAUAAGAAUAUGCGCGAAAGCCAAAUUCGCCAUAGGCCUGCCCUGCACCUUGGAGAACAAGGAGAACACGCGACCGUACGUCAUCAGAGAAGAUGACACAGACUCGGACUCAGCAGAUGGACCCAUACAGUACAGGGACGACGAUAGUGGCGUUUCUGAGGAGAGCCGACUAGCCAUGAAGAUAGCUAGGAAGGAGAGCCUGUCUUUGAAGCUGUCACUGAGGCCUGACAGGCAAGAACUAAUCAAUAGAAAUAUUUUACAAAUCCAAUCAGAAAAUGAACGACAAAGUGAAAAAGAAGCCAUAGGAGCCAGGCUGAUCAGGAGGCUUAGUAUGAGGCCGACGCAGGAAGAACUCGAAGAACGAAACAUCUUAAAAAAACAAAGUCCGGCAGAAGAGAAGAAACAAAAGGAAGAGAAGAAGAGGUUCUUGCUGAGGAAACUGAGCUUCAGGCCGACCGUGGAAGAGCUUAAAGAGAAAAAAAUCAUUCGGUUUAAUGAUUAUAUCGAAGUGACACAGGCUCAUGACUAUGAUAGGAGGGCUGAUAAGCCUUGGACUAGGCUAACACCAAAAGAUAAGGCUGCCAUAAGAAAAGAACUAAACGAGUUCAAAAGUUCUGAGAUGGACGUGCAUGAGGACAGUCGGCAUUUAACUAGAUUUUACAAAAUAAACACUAAAAUUGUCCAUAGGCCGGGCGUGGUGAUUCGGGCUAGGGCCCCAGUAAAGCCCAAUUUUAAACAAAACAUGUUUUACAUUGUUGGAUAGCGUUAGAUUUUUAUUAAAAAAAUUGAUGGGUUUCCAUUGGUUUGACGAAUAAAAAUUAUAUCGUAUUCCAUAGGCCUUGACAAUUGCAAGGCUCGACCUUAGAUGAAGGUGAAUACCAAAUUUCUGUGAUGGGCGUAACUCUAGAUUUUAUUAUUUCCCCCCUGACCGCUUAGCAACUAUCGUCCCCUCCACCGAUUUACCCUACCCUCCCCUCCCACUCCCCUGGCGACAUUUUUAAUAAUAAAAUGAAAAAAAUAUUAGGUUUAAAUAUUAUUACUAUUAAUAAUAGGUAAAUAAAAGAACAAAAACAUUGAAGAUGAACGUUACACAGAUUUGUGUAAAUAAAUAA